UCCUACAUUACCUGACCUGGACCAGGUUCUCCUAGAUUAACUGACCUGGACCAGGUUCUCCUACAUUAACAGACCUGGACUAGGUUCUUCUACAUUAACUGACCUGGACUGAAACAUGGAGAAGAGGAGGAAUGAUCGUAUCGCCUCUGAUGAUGAACAUCAGGAGGUGCUUCACAACAACAGAAAUGAAUGUGACUCCAGGUAACACCUGCUCACACAAGCAACAUGAAGAGAAGCUCGUGAGGAAGAAGAGGAUGAAGAGGAGGUCCCACCAACAGGUGAGUUUAAAGGAGUCCACUGAGUCCACUGAUCUCAGGCUCAGGGGGAGAGAGGUCCAGAGUCUGGGGCCACAGCAGCAGAUGAUCUGUCACCUUUGACCUUUAGCCUGGUGCUGCACAACCAGUAGGCUUUGAUCACUGGACCUCAGGGACCUGCUGGGGGUGUAGGGACUGAGAAGAUCAUGAAGCUGCAGGCAGAGGAGCUGGAGUCCAGCAGAGGGUUUAGAUUUUAGUAAUCAGGACUCCAGCCCGCACCUCUAGACCCAGUUCCGGCUCGUAGACCCGGUCCAAACCGGACUCCAGGCGUAGGUCGACCUUCCCGGACCAGGUCCCAUCUCAUUAGCCUGUCCCCUUGUCCGUCACCGGGCUGGCCCCGCCCCCGAGGAGUGAAAUACCUCCGUCCGCCUGCUGCACACCGAGCCCAGACGGCGGCUGAUCGGUACCGACUCGGCGCGUCCCUACACCCGUGCGUGUUUGUGCGCAGUCUGGAGAGAAAUGAGCAGAGCCUGGACCUGGACCCAACAUGGAUAUGUGUAACCCGCUGGUUCCGCUGCUUUGGGUUUUGGUGCUCUACCAACUCGGAGGCGCUCUCGGUGAAGAAGUGGUUCUGCUGAAUUCUAAAGAGACUCAGGCAGAGCUGGGCUGGACCUCGUAUCCCCCGAAUGGCUGGGAGGAGAUCAGUGGUGUGGAUGAGAAGUACAAGCCCAUCCGGACCUACCAGGUGUGUAAUGUGAUGGAACCCACCCAGCAGAAUAACUGGCUGCAGACGGGAUGGGUGGCUCGUCGCGGCGGUCAGCGCAUCUUUGUGGAGCUUCAGUUCACCCUGCGGGACUGCAAUAGCAUUCCCGGCGUAGCUGGCACCUGCAAGGAGACCUUCAACCUUCUGUAUUUAGAGUCGGACCAAGACCUGGGCAGCUUGACUCGUGAGGACCGCUACACUAAAAUAGACACUAUUGCUGCUGAUGAGAGCUUCACACAGGGCGACCUCGGAGAGAGGAAGAUGAAGCUGAACACGGAGGUUCGUGAGAUCGGCCACCUGAACAGGAAGGGCUUCCACCUGGCAUUCCAAGACGUGGGCGCCUGUGUGGCGCUGGUGGCCGUACGGGUCUACUACAAACGCUGCCUUGCUACUGUCCAGAACCUGGCGGUGUUUCCCGACACGGUGGCCGAGGCUGCCUUUGCCACGCUGGUGGAGGUCCGUGGAACCUGCGUCAACAACUCUGAGGUGGACACAGAUGUUCCUCCCAGGAUGCAUUGCAGUGCUGAAGGAGAGUGGCUGGUUCCAAUCGGGAAGUGCAGCUGUAGCGCGGGAUAUGAGGAGGGUCACAGCAGCUGUGAAGCGUGUCCUCCUGGCUCCUACAAGAUGUCCUCCAGGCAGCAGGAGUGUUUCUCCUGCCCGGACAACAGCGUCGCCGAGGAGGAGGGAUCCGUGGUGUGUGUGUGUGAGGAGGACCACUUCAGGACUCCUCUGGACAACCCCUCUGCACCGUGCACACGGCCCCCGUCCCCCCCGAGGGACCUGGUCUACACGCUGAAGCAGUCCACCCUGAUCCUGGACUGGUCUCCUCCGUCUGACUCCGGGGGCCGAGUGGACCUGACGUACAGCGUGGGGUGCCGGCGCUGCGUUGGGAGGCAGUGUGAGUCGUGUGGAGCGAGUGUGGGGUUCGUCCCCCAGCAGGUGGCGCUGACGGACAGGACCGUCACGGUGGUCAACCUCCUCCCGAACACCAACUACACCUUCACCGUGGAGGCCCUCAACGGCGUGUCUGAGCUGCUGCCCAACAAGAGGUUCUACAGCCAGGUCCACGUGUCCACCAGCGUCCCUGCUCCGUCUCUGAUCAGCGAGCUGCGAGCGGAGAAGAUUGAGCAGAAGAGCAUCUCCUUGGUGUGGAGGGAGCCUUCGCACACCAACUCCAGCCGCACCGAGUACGAAGUGAAAUACUACGAGAAGGAACACAAGGAUCAGAGUUACUCCACCGUGAAGACGUCAGCCACUAGAAUCAGCGUCAGCAAUCUGAAACCCGGCACCACCUACAUCUUCCUCAUUCGUCCCUUCUCAUCACCAGCUCCUUCAUCUCUGUCUUCCUCUGCAGCCUCCUCCUCUUCUUCUGGCCCCUCCUCCUCCCCACCUCCCAUAGACUACGGAGCGUUCAGCGCCCCCCUGGAGCUGCAGACUCUUGGCGAGUUGGCGCUGGUGUCCAGUGAACAGAACCGUGUGAUCA